AGAUCUGUUGCCAAUGAUGAUCUUAUCAAAGGCACCAAAUACAAGUGCGAGCUGCAAGAGUUGUCGUGCAAUACUGUGACAAGUGCUACAGUGAUGCCAAGGUUGAAAUCUGCUUUGUUGGAAGUGGAGGUCCAAGAGUGUGUAUCAGACAUUGGACCUGACGUCUUUGGUGGGUCAAGUGGACCUCCCAAUCCCAACAAAAGAUUUGAUAGGAAGCACUUCAUUCAUACCAAUAUGUCACAAGAGGAAGACAUCAAUAUUACGAAGUCCAAUAUAAGGCGAUCCACCAGAAACACCAAGAAAAACCAAUCUUUACCUCCAAUUUCUGAAGUCUCAAGUUCUAAUGUGUCGGAUCUACCUGUUGACAAGCAGAAGAAGAAGCCACCAGGAGCAAACAAGAAAUCCGUUGCUCAGAAGGCCUCAAAGGCCACUUCAGGUUCUCAACAAAGAAAAAACCCACCACUAUCCUGUACAUCAAUUUCCCAUUCAAGAUCUGUGACGCCUGUCAGUUCGAUGCCUCCUCAAAAGACACAUAACCAAGGUCGCAGACAAUUGCAACGAGCUCCAGCCACCACUGUAACCCCUACUGAGGUGGGUGACAACCUACUAAGCUCGCCACAGAGCCAGCUACAAAGCAUUGGCUUUGAAUUUUCAUACUGGACUUCACAAAAUGUACAACUGCCAGCAGAAACUCAAGAUAAUGGACCACCGGUGGUCCAAUCAGAAUGCCAGAACAAUCCACCUCUCCCAUUGCCUUCAAUACCCUGCCGGCGAUCACGCAAAGAGUAUGAUGAAGACUGUACAGAAACUAGUCUACCUGCUACAAAGAGAAAUGCCAAUGGUGGCAUAACAGCACAACCUUCAACUGACGUUACAAAUGAACAAGCCUCAGAUGACCCGCAAUUAUCUCCACUUGUCCAUCCAAGCUCAAACCCAAGCCCAACACGAACAGCUUCCCCCAUAUAUAUACCUCCUCCUGAAGGUUCCCUUCAAUCAAGUAUUUCAUCUUUAUCUCGGGAGUUAGGAGCAUUCCACAUGCGGAGCCCAAGUGUAACCAGUCAAUCAGCCUUAUCACCAACACACGAGGCCCCACUCUUGAUGCUGGAGUUCACUGAUCAAGAUGUUGGAAAUGGUGCUACUCACAACUUAGAAGGUGCGGAGCUGUUCUCGGAUCAGCAUGCUCAUACAGGUCUGCCCUUGGUUGAUCAUCAUGAUCUACGUCCACCCACACCCCUCUUUUAUCCAUCACAUGGUCAGACAAAUGAUGAUGGACAUAUCAGUUCAGCUGAAGACAUCACCAAUACUCAACGUGUACAUUCACGAGCAUCUUCACGUUCCUAUGCAACUGCAGCCUCCAAAUCUCCUAGUGCCAGCAACAAGGAUAAACAACUACCCAAUGUAUCUCAACCAAAUAACUACCAUGAAGAGCCAAACGACUUUAAUGAAGAAGGAAUGAGCACGUACUAUCAUGAACCAAUAGAGAUAAGCUGGCCGUCAAUUUUUGAGGGCCCAGAUGCAGGCUUUGAGGUCAUUGACGAGAGUGUGCACAUUGAAGUAAGUGAUCAUUUGAUGUCAAUGCAAACUCUCAUCUACAAUUCAAAGGAAUUUGAGGAAUCAAUUCAGCCACAGCUCAAGAAGCAAUGGAAUGAAUCUCCUCAAGAAGUGCGUUGUGGAUUCCUCAAUUGUUGGUGCAUAUAUAACCAGAAUUGCAGAGAAUGGCUCGAAGAGAAUCCAUCAAGGGAUUUUAUGCCAUCAUCCCAUUACUUCAAGACAGGUUGCUGGGAAAUUGAACCCAAACCAACAGCACCUUGUUCGGCUGACCAGUUUACUCUUGCCAUGCCAACUGGUAAUGAUCAUAAUCUUCAUGCUGGCUCCAUCUUUUGGAAGGAUUUUCAAAAAGCGACGAAAGCUGGCUUCUACAAUGUUUCCUUGAUGGGAAGUCACUACAACCGAGAUUCUGUACAGCAGAUAUUCCAGAGUGUGGUGGAGGUCCAAAUUGGGUUUCAAACUGCUGCGUGUGCGGAAUCUCCUAGUGAGGAGGAUUGUAGACACUAUCGGCAGGAACGUUCGAAUGCAAGGCGCAUUGCGGUAAGAGCCUACUUUGCUAUUGAUUUCUUACUGACCAUGACCCAGAAAUGGCUCUCACUUUGCUACGUUGCAGAGUUUGCAGAUGCAAAGACUUUACUCACAAACCUCAGCAUAGGGGGAGCUGAUCUCUGCAGUGACGACGAGAGUGAAAGUGAAGGAUUAAUUAUGUACAGGAAGCCACUCUCAUGGCGAAGCAGAAAAUUUGAGUCAUUCCUUUCACGACUCCGACAGCGCAACCUCUACUUCAAUGGACCUACCCAUAUGGCAAUGAUGAGAGACCAAGAGCGUGAGAGCCGUAUUCCUCCUGUUCAUGUACCAAGUGAUUGGGUGGAUUCAUCAUGGCUUGACUCAUUAAAUGAUAGAUCUUAG